CCUGGAGGUAUGUUUUUAUGAAAACACAAGCAAGCGGCAAUUGAAGCUCGACAACCAUUCUUUCACAACACCUAAGGUAGAAAAACAGCCUUUUCGAGUGUUUAAAAGCGUCAGCGGUUUCAUUUUAACAUCCAGCCACAUGACUGCAAGUAUAUCAGUCACGUGAAAGCUGGCCAUAUGAUUAGCAGACUGCGUUUCCCUUUCAGCUAAACAUCGCCGGUCAGAAGAAAACAUUACACGCGCACAUUUGCACUUUAAAAUUCACGAUGAUGGAAUGAUGUAUUCAGACUCUGUUUUUGAGGGCGUAAAUGUCCAUACGAAGUUAAACAAUGGUAAACAAGAACUCCAAAAAACGCACAAAACAAAAUGCCUUGGGAAACGAAACUGAGAAAGCAUCAUUUGCACUGACUGUGGAGCAUGAAAGAGAUGGCAACGUGGAACAGAUCUCUAGAAGGUCAGCUUGGCAAGACUUCAGGAGGAAAGUGUGCCUGCUGGUGCCAUACAUGUGGCCCCGGGGAAGUGUGUGGCUGCAGGUUCUAGUGAUUCUGUGUGUUGGACUGCUGGGUCUUGAGCGGGUCAUCAAUGUGUUUGUACCCAUUUACAGCAGGAAUAUAGUAAAUCAGCUGUCAGCAAUGGAGAACUGGAGAACCCUGGCCAUCACAGUCUGUGUUUACGUCCUCCUUAAGUUCUUCCAGGGCGGAGGGGUAGGGACAUCGGGGUUUGUCAGUAACUUGCGCAGCUUCCUAUGGACUCAUGUGCAGCAGUACACCAGCCGUGUGGUGCAGGUGCGUCUGUUCGCUCAUCUGCAUGGCUUGUCUCUUCGCUGGCACCUGGGUCGCCGCACCGGAGAUGUCCUGCGCAGCAUUGACCGUGGGACAUCUUCAGUCAACAACUUGUUAAGCUAUAUUGUGUUCAGCAUUGUACCCACUAUUGCUGACAUUGUCAUUGCCAUCAUCUACUUUGUGACGUACUUCAGUGCCUGGUUUGGCCUCAUUGUCUUCAUUUGCAUGUUUCUCUACCUCACUCUUACAAUCAUCAUCACUGAAUGGAGGACCAAAUACAGGCGAGAAAUGAAUACGCAAGACAACAAUGCAAAGUCAAAAGCUGUGGACUCGCUUCUCAACUUUGAAACUGUUAAGUACUAUAAUUCAGAGGGUUUUGAAGUCAGGCGCUUUGAGGAUGCUAUCCUGAAAUAUCAGGCAUGUGAAUGGAAGACCAAUGCCUCCCUGGCCCUUCUUAACCAAACACAGAAUCUGAUUAUUGGAUUAGGACUUUUGGCUGGAUCAUUGCUUUGUGCAUACUAUGUUACUGUGGACAAGUUUCAAGUUGGUGACUAUGUUCUCUUCGGAACCUACAUUGUUCAGCUCUACACGCCACUCAAUUGGUUUGGCACAUAUUAUAGAAUGAUACAAAGUGCAUUUGUUGACAUGGAGAGCAUGUUUGAUCUGCUAACAGAGGAAAAAGAGGUCAAAGAUACUGUGAACGCAGGAGACCUGUCUUUCACUAAAGGAAGAGUUGAUUUCAAGAAUGUGUGCUUUAGUUACACUGCUGGGAAAGAGAUUCUCAGUGACGUAUCAUUCACAGUGAUGCCCGGGCAAACAUUUGCUCUGGUUGGUCCGUCUGGAUCAGGAAAAAGCACCAUUAUCCGCUUGCUUUUCCGGUUUUAUGAUGUACAGAGUGGCUGUAUCCUCAUCGAUGGUCAAGACAUUGCAAAGGUGAGGCAGAACUCCCUGCGAUCCUACAUUGGUGUAGUUCCUCAGGACACAGUUCUGUUCAAUGACAACAUCCGUGAAAACAUUCGCUAUGGACGCAUCUCUGCAAGUGAUCAAGAAGUAGAGGAGGCUGCAGUGGCUGCUGAUAUCCAUGACAAGAUAUUAUCCCUUCCAGACGGAUAUGAUACAGAGGUGGGUGAGAGGGGUCUGAAGUUGAGUGGGGGAGAGAAACAGAGAGUGGCGAUUGCCCGCACAAUCCUGAAAUCGCCACGAAUUAUUUUGCUUGAUGAAGCCACAUCUGCUUUAGACAGUCAAACAGAGCGCAACAUUCAGGCUUCUCUUGCUAAGGUGUGUGCCAACCACACCACUCUCGUCGUCGCACAUAGAUUAUCCACCAUCGUCAGCUCUGAUCAGAUUCUUGUUCUUCAUGAUGGCCGGAUUGCAGAACAAGGAAGGCACGAGGAGCUGCUGGCCAAAGGGGGACUGUACGCAGCCAUGUGGUUAAAACAGCAGCAAACCCCAGAGUCAGAGGUCUCCACAGAAGAACAACCGCAGGAGCCGUAGCAGAGCGGCUAACACUGAUGGAUCAGCAGUGAUGAAUGAUGAUGGCUGAAAUCAAUCAGGAAAAUGGUAAAAGAGCCCACUGAGCUCCAGAGUUCAUCUCAGACACAGGGGCACCAGACUGCAUAGAAGCAAUGAACUAUGAACAGUGUUUCUGUGGGAAAGGUGUCAUUAAAGUUCCACCAGCCAUUGAGAAGCUUUAAAAAUGUUAGUUCACCCAAAAUGUUCAUCGUUUAUUUAAAAGUGUAAAUGACUUUCAUCUUUAGAAGAAGAAAAAAUUGGGAACCAAACAGUUUUGGUCACCAAUGAGACAAUUAUAUGGAUGGAAUAUCAAAAUAUCUUUCAUGGUGCACAACUGAAGAGUAUCCAUCUUAUAGGUAAUGGAUAUUGAUUUUAUUUUUAGGGGGUGAAAUAUCUUCUCAAUGUUUGGAGAACACAUUAGCAUAAAGAUACUGUAAUUAGGUGACUAUGUCAAGUCCUUUCUGUUACAUUAGUUUUUUAUAUCAACACUUUGUUUACACCCCUCUCAAUAACUAAUGACUGAUUAGAUUUUGAAGUAUAUCGUUUUGAUCUACAAGUGGGAAUUGUGGGUAAUAUGCUCAGGGUUGUCUUUCUUUUAUUAUUAUUAUGCUGGCACAAUGAAGUAUAGUAAUGUUUUACAUUUCAGUGUCACUGUUUUUACAGUCUUGAGCGAAUUGAUUAGGCUAAAUGUACAGUUAGUGUGUUUAAUGAUCGAUAAUAUUUAAAUUCAGAAACAUGUAGGCUGUGUGUAACAUAACAUGUGUAUUUUUUUUUUUUCAUUCUCUAAAACGUAAUUUAAAAAGACCAUCAGACCUCUUUAGGCUAUGCCAAAAAACUUAAACCAAAAUGUGGAUGCUUUUCAAACCACAAACAGUCUAUGCCACUUUGCCCUUGAUGAAGUCCAAAUAUCUAUCAUAUGUUAUAUAUCAACUUUUUAAAUGUAGAUUUAAAAAAAUGAACAUGGGAAAUACUAAUAAAAGUUAUUAAAAACUAGUAUUUUCAUUUAUAGAUGAGCUGAAUUUGAUCUUUCUUUUAGAUUCAUGUUGUUCUUUUUGAAUAGUUUUUCCUCAUUUCCCAAAUUUAUUAGAAAAAGUAUUGCUUUGAAAGUAUUAAAUAAGAAAUUUAGAGCUCAAUUCCAGUUCUACCCCUUCACUAGAUAGCCCUUCAAACGGAGAUCGUCUACAGUUUAAUUUUUUGGCUUUUUUAAGAAUUUUUACAACAAACAAACGUGUUUUAAUACAUUCAUAAUGCUAUUUGUGUUUUACAGUCAUGCUUUAAAAAACAAUAAAAAAAAAAACUGCAAAAUUUUAAACCAUAAACAUAACUCCUGAAUGGGAAUGACGUUUUUAAACUGUCUGAUAUAAGAAUGUUGCUUUCUUGUUUUAACAUGGAUGAAUACAGCCACGGUGUAAAUGCACAGUACAGUUACGAUCUUUUUGCCACAUUAGAUCAUUAAGGCAGCAUUUACACUGCAUUGUUUAGGUGACUCGAUUCCAUUUUUUUUUCUCCCAUGAAUAAAUGAAUUUAUUUAUUUAACAGGGACAAUGCACAAAAAUUACAUUAACCUCAAGGAGGAAAGAUGCAUUGUGCCAGGUUGUAGCAGGAUUGCUAAUUUCCACCUGCAGUCCCUGGACAGGUUAAAAGGAAAACAAUAAUAUCCACUAAAUUAAAAAAGUCUAAGUUUUUAAGCAUUCAAGCAUAAACGUACAUAUAAACUAUAACACUGACAACUCAAAAACAUCUCACUCUGUGUAUAAAUCUGAUUUGACAAAAAACACUUUCUAGUUUGACGUGAAAACAUCUUAUAAUUUGUACAUUUGAUUAUUUCUGUUGGGAGAGAAAUGUGGUACAGAUCGGCUGUGGCCCAUGUACGUACGUGUAAGCAGGAACAAAUCACAUGGAUUCCGAUUUACUCGAAUCAGAUUCAGGCCUUGUUCAUAUGUGGAAAAUUAUUCGUUAUGAAUCGGAUAGGUGUUCUCGUGUCUGCUGUAAAAGCAGGUAGAUCAGAUUUUCGUCUGUCAAUGUGAGUCGCGCACCAUUAAAAACCAUAGCGAAUGACGUCAAGUCUGACACUUUCACUUCAGAACAGACUUCAGCAGAGUCCCAAACCUUAAAUCUCAUACACAAGGAACUACACAACUUUUAUAUUGUCAUAUAGCACAGGUAUUUAAGCAUGUUAACGAGAGCAAGAGAGCGCAAUAUAACCAAUAUAAACUAAUAUAAAACUAGUGUAUAGCUACAUCACGUGCAUAAAUCAUGCCAAGGACAUUACAUCAACAUGCCUAAAGGUUUAAAAAAGCCUAUAUAUCAAAAGUAGAUGGACAAAUGAGAACCUUUCUGUCAUAAACUAUACAUCAAUAAAGAAAAGAGCACUUAGUAAUUAUCAGCUGUUAGUCAGCGCCGCUCUUUUUUUCUUGGUCAUUGCGCCUUUGCCGUGUGCUGUGUCGGUUGAGAGUCACUUUUAAAAGAUGAUGUAAGCAAAUCGGAUACAGUCACAAAAUCGGAACUGACCAUCAAGAUCUGCAGUGUAAAUGCAGCCUAAGAUAACAACAUAUUGUUGCCUUCUGUGAUUUUCUGAAGAAUAAGACCAAAAAAAGAACGUAACUGAAAUAACUACAGCAGUCACCAUUGUUGAGCUCAUGUGAAGUAAGAGCUCGCAACGACAUAUGACAUUUGUGGGUGUUGUCCCAUUUCUUAGGGGUAAAUUUUAAAGCCUUUCCCUUCACACUGUUUCAAGGGCCAAGGUAAAAAUUUUAAUUGGGCUUAAAGGUGCCAUAGAAUCUAAAUCUGUGUAUUACAAGUUGAAUAAGAUUUCAGUCUGUGGAAAUGACAUACAGUACACUGCUCCUCCUUCAAUAAAUCUCAUUUAAACAAAAGGCCACAAAAAAUACAUAAACCAGAACACAACACUUAGUUACAAUCCAGAUCAUUAAUAUGCCCCUUCCCUCCAUCUUUUGAUGGGCCACAGCAUUCCUGGUGAGAUGACAACGAUAUAAAUGUUUCCUUGUGUUUAAAGUUUCAAUUCAAAGUUAAAAUGUUCAAAGCUUAAUAUAUUUACUAUGUAUGCAGGACUCUUAUUGUGAAAACACAACAGGCGUUAAUGUUCUUAGUUCUAAGAUAAUGAAACAAGUAACUUUUGGAAAACCUCAUAUAGUCAAAGAUAAUCCAAACACUAUAUAUGGGUUUUAAAUGUAUUCAGCACACCCCCAAAUAGGCAUGAUGUCUGUUAAGCUGUAUCUUAUAUUAGUUUUAAUGUGUACAUUGUAAAAUUUGCUGUGUGCUUUUUCCCCAACUUGAUUUCACCAAGUAGGACAUGUUUCUGGAUUGACAUCUAUGUUGAUCCUGGAACAACAUUCCAAUCCUCAGAAUUAGGGGAUAUGUUUACAGUUUAUGUUAUGUUUAGGCAUACGGUUAGGUUUAUGCACUUCUACAUGAAUGUUAUGCUACUAUUUUGGGAAUUAUCUGAUUUUGGGAAUAAUUUAGUUGUUGUUGGGUUUAGGGGUAGGGAAUAGGAUGGAUUACAUUUUCGAACAAAGGAUCAACAACAGAUCUCUGUCCAGGAUCAACAUGUUAAUUUAGGAUUGCAUCGUACUUGGCAAAAUCAUGAUAUGCGUGUGUUUGUAAUGAGGCAACAGCGAUUUAACUUUGUUUAAUCCUUAUCUUAGCAUUCAGUUCUUGUGUGAUUUUUCUGGAGUGAAAGGAUGGCAAUAAGCUUCAUAGGACAAAGUUUUUGUUUAUUAUUCAGACAGGGUGAUAAUAGUAUGACAAUCUGUUUGUGUGAUCUGUUUAGGUUGAUAUAUGAAAACACAUCCAGACAAUUGUUUAAUCCACAAAAAAAAAAACAAAAAAAAAAAAA